CACCACAUCGCUUUCCUUUCUGUUUCCUGUUAGAAAAUUUUAAGAAACUCGUCUUUGAUCCAAAAAAAGUGAAAAUGAAAUAUGAGAAGUCAGUUUUGGCCAACUACUUAUGCCCAAUGCAUCAUAAAACACUUCAGAAACUGCGUACGCAUUCAUUCAUGGACUUUGAAUUCUUUCUUUCUUGCUUUCUUAAUUGCUACCCUCUCUGAUCAGAUAAUUUCUUCCAACUACCAUUCCUUUUGCUUCCCCGUGUUAAGGUCUUAGAACUGCCCUGGUACAAAGCACUGGUUGAAUAUAAAAGAAAACUGGUCAAUGGUGCAUCAUAAACAUAUGACUUGUUUUUCUUUCUUAUUCCGUAGACAUAUUGAUUCAUCAAACAAAUGGUCUUUUGAGGUUGAUGAAGAAUUUGACAUUCACAAUGUAAAAUUUUACACAUACAAAGAAUUAAGAAUUGCUACUGAAGAUUUUAGCCCUGCAAAUAAAAUUGGAGAAGGAGGCUUCGGUUCUGUCUAUAAGGGGAGGCUUAAAGAUGGGAAGAUUGCUGCUAUAAAAGUUCUUUCAGCUGAAUCAAGACAGGGAGUGAGAGAAUUUGUGACAGAGAUUAAGGUGAUCUCAGAAAUAGAGCAUGAAAAUUUAGUCAGGCUCUAUGGCUGUUGUGUUGAAGAUAAUCACAGAAUCUUGGUCUACAACUACCUUGAGAAUAAUAGCCUUGCCCAGACUCUUCUUGGUAGUGGUCGAAGUAAUAUCCAGUUUAAUUGGAAAACACGGUCUAAAAUAUGCAUUGGGAUUGCACGUGGGCUUGCUUUUCUUCAUGAGGAAGUACGGCCGUACAUUGUUCACAGAGAUAUCAAAGCAAGCAAUAUUCUUCUUGACAAAGACCUAACACCCAAAAUAUCAGAUUUUGGCCUGGCAAAGCUCAUCCCAGCAAACAUGACUCACGUCAGCACUCGUGUGGCUGGAACAAUAGGUUAUCUAGCACCAGAGUAUGCAAUAAGGGGGCAGUUGACACGAAAAGCAGAUAUUUACGGUUUUGGCGUUCUCCUCAUAGAAAUAGUCAGUGGCAGAUGUAACACAAAUACACAGUUACCUGUAGGAGAACAAUACAUCCUAGAACGGACAUGGGACCUUUACGAGCGAAGGGAGUUGGUUGGGUUGGUUGACACAUCGUUGAAUGGUGAUUUUGAUGCAGAAGAGGCUUGUAGGUUCCUCAAGGUCGGUCUUCUUUGCACCCAAGAUACUCCUAAACUCCGGCCGUCUAUGUCAUCCGUGGUCAAGAUGCUAACUGGCCAGAAGAAUGUUGCUGAGAAGAAUAUAACAAAGCCGGGUUUGAUUUCUGAUUUUAUGGACCUCAAAGUGCGAAGUUCUGAGAAAACCAAGCCAGAAACCAAGUAUACAUAUUCGUAUAUUGCUUCCUCUAGCUCAGACAACCUAGACAAUUCAACCCUGUCGUCAGGAACCUCAACUUUUGCAACUAUGACCUUCAAUGCUCUGAUCAAUGACCGCAGUGUUAAACAUUGAAGCAAACGAAUUUGUCAAAUUUUAUUCAUUCUAUUC